AUGCCUAUGUGGUGCCAUCUUUUCGUUCAGACACUCACGGGAGCUGCUCGCGCGUGGUUCGACAGCCUCUCUGCAGGAAAAAUCAAACCGUGGAUCGAUUUCCAAGAACAGUUCCUGGCUCACUUCAGCCAACAAAGGCGAUACAGGCGUGAUACAUCUAAAGUUAUGGACAUCUGGCGACGUGAGAACGAAGGAUUGGAAGAUUUUAUCACUCGCUUCAACAAGGAGUGUUUAGAAAUUGGUGGCGUGAGCGAAGAUCUGAUGCGCGCCCACUUAAAGAAGGCAAUCCGUUGUGAUAGUCUAAUCCGGACUAUCAUGGGCAGAGACAGUAUGCCCAAAGAAUGGGACAAACUGAUGGCAGCAGCCAAGGUGGUCGCGCGAACAGAAGAGUCAUUGAUUGCUGGCAAGUCCAGUUAUUAUUCAGAAGAUCGCUACUCAAGAACGAACGCGCGUGAAUCGAGCAGACGCAACAAGAACAAAAACCCUGGCUGGAAGUCUAACCAGUCCAGUGGUUAUGAAGAGAGGCCUCGAUUCAAGUAA